CCCAGAAAUGGGGUAACACUGCAACAGUUUAAGAAAAACAUGUAUUAGAAUCACAGAAAAGUUAAUCAGAAGGGACAUCUCAUGGUUGUUGGUCCAGCCUUCUGUUUGAAGCAGGUCUAAUGUCAAGGUUUGCUCAGGUUGCUCAGGGCCUUGUCGAGUUGAGUUUUGAAAAUCUCCCAGGAUGGAGAUUGACCUUCCUUUCCAGGUCCCUCUUCCAAUUUUGUGUGGUGCUCAGGGGAAGAUUUCCUCUUCUGUUCCACUGGAAUUUCCCUUCUGCAAUCUGGGGGUGUUGCCUCUCAUUGUGUCGCUGUGCUCUUCUGAGAAGUGUCUGGCUCUGUCUACACCACCUACCUUUUCCAUCAUCCAAACCACCAUCAGUACAGAAGGCAUGCCCCAAACACUGAGUUCUACCAGUAUGUUUACUCCAUGUGGCUUCAGCCCUCAUCUACAUACUUCGAAGGAAGAUGAACAAGGAGGACUGAUCUUCCAGGAUGGAAACCUUACCUCAGCAUCUCUAGAUGCUCUAAUCCAGCAUCUGAUACCUACCACUGAUUACUACCCUGAAAAAGCCUAUAUCUUUACAUUCCUGCUAAGUUCCAGACUCUUCAUUGAACCCCAUGAGCUUUUGUCCCGAGUUUGUCACAAGUGCAUUGAGCAGCAGCGGCUGGACGACCCCGUGCUGGACAAGGCACGGAUCAGAAAAUUUGGACCCAAAAUCUUACAGUUGCUGACAGAGUGGACGGAGACAUUCCCAUAUGACUUUCAGGAAGAGCGGAUGAUUGGCCAUCUGAAAGACAUGAUUCACAGGAUAGCUCCAUGUGAUGAGGCCUACUGGAAAAAGAUGAAUCAGCUUUUGCAAACCCUGAAUCAGAAGCUUGCAACCCUCAGCCAUGGGCAAGAAGGGAUCGUCAAGAUCAGUGCUGCUGUCUCUGAUAAGCUGGUUGCCUUUAAAAGUAAACCUCCAUCAAUUCAGAGAGAAAUCCUGAGUGUCUGCAGUGACCCUUACACUCUGGCUCAGCAGCUGACACAUGUGGAGCUGGAGAGGCUAAGUCACAUUGGACCUGAGGAGUUUGUGCAGGCAUUUGUACAUAAAGACCCCCUGGAUGGCACCAAGACUUGUUUCGGUGAACAGAAGAAGACAAGUAACCUCGAGGCCUAUGUGAAAUGGUUCAAUCGACUCUGCUAUCUUGUAGCAACAGAAAUUUGCAUGCCUGCAAAAAAGAAACAGCGAGCACAAGUCAUCGAAUUCUUCAUUGACGUUGCCCGAGAGUGCUUUAACAUAGGGAAUUUUAAUUCGCUGAUGGCAAUCAUUUCUGGAAUGAACAUGAGUCCAGUUUCCAGGCUAAAGAAGACUUGGUCAAAAGUGAAAACAGCCAAAUUUUUCAUUCUUGAGCACCAGAUGGACCCUACUGGGAACUUCUAUAACUACCGAACAGCAUUGCGGGGGGCUGCUCACAGAUCACUCACUGCACACAGCAACAGGGAGAAGAUUGUGAUCCCCUUCUUCAGCCUAUUGAUCAAAGACAUUUAUUUUUUGAAUGAAGGAUGUGCUAAUCGCCUUCCAAAUGGACAUGUCAACUUUGAAAAAUUUCUGGAACUGGCUAAGCAAGUAGGAGAAUUUAUAACAUGGAAGCAGGUGGAAUGUCCCUUUGAACAAGAUCCUAACAUCAUCCACUACUUGCAUACUGCUCCCAUUUUUACUGAAGACGGUUUGUAUCUGGCUUCCUAUGAGAGUGAAAGUCCGGAAAACCAGACAGAAAAAGACAGGUGGAAAUCCUUGAGAUCCACUAUUCUAGGAAAGACUUGAAGAUUAAGAGAUUAUUGCAGUAGGUCAAGGAAAAGAAAUCCGCAAACAUUUUGCACUACUGAUUCCAAAGAUGCCUGUUUGGGAUUUAGACAAUUUCUUUUGUUUGAGUUUUUUGUUGGGUUUUUUGACUGCCUAACAUGACGGAUGAACUGGAUUCAUCCACUGAAAUCAACAGAACUGUGUGCACAAUGAUGCUUUUCUAACUGUGAGACAGAGAGGGGAAGGACAAACAGACUAUUUGUGGCUGUGCCCAAACUGUGUCAGGAUCACUGUAGCUUUUGCUUCUGAAGGAAAACAUAAGAAAAUCACGAGCAUGGAGAACCGUGGUACUGCAAAGGAGAAUGGAAAAGUAUAAGAAAAGGAAAGCAAAAAAUACACAGGAUUAUUUCAGAAGCAGGUGCUUCAGACAGCAGCUCUUUAAACCCUCUGAGGAUUGUAAAAUUAAAUCAGACACAGCAGCAAUCUGGUUAAUUGCUGAAUGAAGAAAGAAGAACUUAAUCUUACGUGAGCAGUCCCCCAGCCUUGUUGAACAAAGCACUGACUGCUACAGGUAUAAGCUUCCAGCGGAUGAAAACCGACAUCGCUCACUCAUAUGUAUACAUGUAUGUCACAUAUAGACCACAUCAGCAUGGGACAGUCCUACAAACCCCAUGAAUUUUUACGGAGAACAAUCUGAAGUAUGACUAUUGCUUAGUUAUUCUUCCCACCACUGUUGUUGCUUUUCUUACUGUGAAUCUUGGCAGAUCUGAGGAGGGCACAGAGUGAGAUGGUAUUGCUUAAAGACCCCACCACCACCACAUCUAAAGUUGAACUGAAGCAGCAAAUGAUUCUGGACUCAACUUACCUCUGUUUAAUGUAUGUAGUGUAUUCCCUAAUUUUGUUGAUGCUGAGUUGCAUCUUUUAGAGGGUUUUAUCACACUUAAAAGAAAAAAGAUACUGCAUUACCGUUUGAAAAAAAUAUAUCCGGUUCCAA